AUGGAUGAAAGGUUAAGGAGUGCAGCUCAAUCCGGAAAUAUUGAUGCCUUGUAUGAUUUAAUCGAAGAUGACGCGGAUGUGUUACGACGCAUCGAUGAGAUGGAGUUUGUUGAUACUCCACUGCACAUAGCUGCAGCUGCAGGACACACUGAUUUUGCAAUGGAGGUGAUGAACUUAAAGCCAUCAUUCGCUAGGAACCUCAACCAAGGCGGCUUUAGCCCCCUUCACCUAGCCUCGCGAUAUCCAGAAACAGUGAUGGUGGUGGAUGAUCUCCUAUCAAUUGAUAAAGAUCUUGUUCGUGUCAAAGGGAGAGAGGGUUACACUCCUCUUCAUUAUGCAGCCAGAGAAGAAGAUGCUCCUCUUCUGCUUAAAUUUCUGGAGCAUUGUCCCAAUUGUAUCUUAGAUUUGACCAUUCGAAAACAGACUGCUCUGCAUGUUGCAGCACAAUAUAAUAAGUUAGAAGCUUUCAAAGCCAUACUGUUCUGGAUUCAAGGGAGUGACAAAUACCUCGACUCUGAGAAAAGAAGAAUUCUAAACUUACAGGACAAGGAUGGAAACACUGUGUUGCACAUAGCGGCGUCAGAAAACCAACUCGAGAUGGUCAGACUGUUAACAGAAAUCAAGAAGGUUGAUAGGAAAAAGGUUAAUCGGAGUGGUUUUACAGCUUUGGGUGUCUUAGAAGCACAAGCUCGAGUUGACAGAGAGAUUGUCAACAUUCUGAUACGUGCUAAAGAUCGACCCUCAAUGAUCCGUAGGGUGUCAUACUUUACCAAAUUCCAACGUGAUAUUGAGGAGAUGAAACCUGAUACGAACAAUGCGUUGCUAGUCGUAUUUGCACUGAUAACAGCGAUGAGUUACCAAGCUUUUCUCAGCCCACCGGGUUGUGUUUUUCAGGCCGAUGCUGAUUCCAAUAGCACUGAACGUGCAGGGAAAUCAGUCGUCAAACCUUAUGCGUUUUUAAUGUUCUAUUCUUUAAAUUGUGCAGUUUUUGCGCUUGCGUGGGACAUAACAGUUGCCCUCCUCAGAGUAGCUGGCAAGAACAUCCAGCGUAUUGCGCACACACUAUGCUUGGUGACUUGUUUUUGCUCCGGUGCUGCACUGGCUAUCAUAGGCCCAACGCGGGCCACUUUUAUUACUUGGGCUGCUGCUUGGAUCAUUGAAGUGUUUUUUAUUAAGUUAUUUUGA